AUGCCUUCAAUUGCAGACAUUCCUUGCGAGCUGGUGUCAUCCAUUCUGCGAAGCCUGGACGAUUUUGAGACUCUUACCUCAGCUUUGCUCGCAUGUCGCCAUAUUUAUACCUCCUUCAAGCAGAUAGCUGGCACUGAGUUGGCCAUUCUUCGUCGGAAAAUCGGGCUAGACCUACUCCCAUAUGCCGUCGCGUCUUUGGAAGCGUCAAGACUAAAGCCAAGCCCAGGUGACGAUAGUUCCAUCCGCGCCUUACUCGACCUACUCUACGAUAACCCUUCACAGUUGGUGGCCAGAACCGCUUCGAUAUCUUCAGAAUUCUUGCGAAGCAUGUCGCGCAAGCAUGACUGGGUGACUACUCUAGCACUCAGUUAUGCGGCAGAAGCCAGAAUUCACCUCUCCUCUGACAUCGCAGCAUCACCAGAGGCCGUCGAUCUGUCUCCUUCCGAGUACAUCCGCUUCUGUCGUGCCUUCUAUCGCGUCGACUUAUUCUACCUCCUUUUCGGCGCGGUCGGAAACUUCAACGGACUGUCCGGAAUGGGAAACUUGCUCUUCCACAGACAUCCGCCGUGGGUGAAUGAACAGCUUGGCUGCGUACAUGACUUCAUUGAGGACAAGUUUCUUGAAGACCUCAGUGCAUCUGAGCUUGCGACGAUAAUUCCCGUCUGCGAGAACGUUUGCAACACGGAUAAGGGCCUUACGCGGGUUGCAAAGGAUACACCAAUCACAAUCUUUAGCCAGGCCAGUAGCGGGAUGCUCAAUAGCAUGUCGCAGGUUCUGAUGGUUUACCAAUUAGCGGUAAAGGACAAUAUCGCGACCGAAGGGCUGCCGACAACAUGCUCCUCCGCCAUCCUCUCCUCCCACGAAAGCCCCUACGAGGCCACCAUCGUGCGCCAGCUCCGGAAACGAGGUGCUCAAGUCGUAGGGAAGACAAACAUGGAUGAAUUCGGCAUGGGAUCCCACUCGCUGAACUCGAUCCACGGGCCUGUACUCAAUUCGCUGUCUGCGACGCCGACCUCUGCUGGCGGAAGCUCAGGAGGCAGCGCGGUUGCGGUUCAGACAAGCGAAGCGGACGUCGCGCUCGGGACGGAUACGGGCGGUUCAAUUCGCCUUCCUGCGGCGUACUGCGGUGUGGUUGGAUAUAAGCCCUCCUAUGGCAUGCUGUCGAGGUUCGGGGUUGUUCCGUAUGCGAACUCCUUGGAUACCGUUGGUCUGCUUGCUAGGGAUGUUGAUGUUAUCGAGGAUUUGAUGUUCAGCACGGGACUGGACGCGGAACAUGACUCCCAGGACCCGACAUCCUUGUCAAAGAGCUUUCGAAAGAAGCAGCAGAGUCAAGCGGCCACUGGUCGGUCACGGCUACGCAUCGGCAUUCCUCUAGAAUACAAUAUCGAGGAAUUGGAUCCCAAGAUCAAAGCAGCCUGGUCUGACGCAGCAGACCUUUUGCAGAAAUCCGGCAUAGAGGUGGUUCCGGUAUCAUUACCGUCCACAAAGCACGCUCUAUCAGCAUACUACGUCAUCGCACCGGCAGAAGCAUCUUCCAACCUCGCCAAGUACGACGGCGUCCGCUACGGCACCCGCGGCGACGAGAGCGAUGGCGCUGGCGAGGUUCUCUACUCCAAGACUCGCGGUCUUGGCUUCGGCGAGGAAGUCAGACGCCGCAUCCUCCUCGGCGCCUACAGCUUGAGCUCCGAGGCAAUGGACAACUACUUUAUCCAAGCCCAGCGGGUGCGCAAGCUCGUCCAGCGAGACUUUGACCGCGUCUUUAGGCUGGAGAACCCCCUCUACGACGAACAGCAGUUCGACUUAAGCGAUAUGAAGGAUGAGGUCGAGCUUCAGGAUAAACUCGGCCCUUCGCAGGUGGACUUCUUGUUGUGUCCUACUGCGCCGACGUUUGCACCGCGUAUUGAGGAUAUCAAGCGGCAGACACCAGUGCAGGUAUACAUGAAUGAUGUCUUUACAGUGCCGGCCAGUCUCGCUGGGCUGCCGGCCAUCAGCAUCCCUGCCAAGAUCAAGUCGGAGGAUGAAGAGGUGGACGGUAGCCGGCGUGUGGCGGGUCUUCAGCUGAUCGGUCAGUACUGGGAUGACAAGCGGUUGCUCAGCGUGGCCAAGAAUCUCCUUAGCCAGUUACUUGCUUGA